AAGGAUUGUGGGGUAGCGAACCCCGGGGCCGGAAGCAGUGGGCGUACCCGCCGGCUGUAGCUGUAACACGCAUGCGCUAGGCCGGGCCAACGGAGCCCGCCUUUACCUCCCCACUCGGCGUCCAGUCUCUUAGCAACGACUCCGGCUUCCUAGGAACUGCUCCUUUCUCAACCACUCCUGCCCACAACACCCCAGCUUGCUGCCAGCAAAGCCCCUCCACACCCCUCAAACUCCAGACCCUUCACAUCAAUUUACUGUUGUCUUCCACCUCACCCCAGCAAUUUUCUCUGAAUCAACCCCCUUUCCUCCUCUCCUAAGUCUCUGAGUUUCUCUCUCCUCCUGCCAUCCUGAGUUCUGCCAUCCUUAGGGGCCGCCCAGACCUCUCUUUUCGUUCCUCUCCCGCCUCAGACCAGCAGCCUUUUAUUUUAGAUCAUGUCUGGAGGGAAGUCAGCCCAGGGUCCAGAGGAAGGGGGCGUCUGCAUCACUGAAGCCCUUAUCACUAAGCGGAACUUGACUUUCCCUGAAGAUGGGGAACUGUCAGAGAAGAUGUUUCACACUCUUGAUGAACUGCAGACUGUCCGCCUGGACCGGGAGGGGAUUACUACUAUCAGGAACUUAGAAGGCCUCCAGAAUCUUCACAGUCUCUAUCUGCAAGGGAAUAAGAUCCAGCAAAUUGAGAACCUGGCUUGCAUCCCCUCCUUGCGCUUCCUGUCUCUGGCAGGAAACCAAAUCAGGCAGGUGGAAAACCUCCUCGACCUCCCAUGCCUCCAGUUUCUGGACCUUUCUGAGAACCUGAUAGAAACGUUGAAGCUGGAUGAGUUCCCCCAGAGCCUUCUCAUCCUCAACCUGUCUGGAAACAGCUGCACCAACCAGGAUGGCUACCGCGAGCUGGUGACAGAAGCCCUGCCACUUCUCCUGGACCUGGACGGGCAGCCUGUGGUGGAGCGCUGGAUUUCGGAUGAGGAGGAUGAAGCCUCAAGCGAUGAGGAGUUCCCAGAGCUGAGUGGCCCAUUCUGCUCAGAACGAGGCUUCCUCAAGGAGCUGGAGCAGGAGCUGAGCAGGCACAGGGAGCACCGGCAACAGACGGCCCUGACAGAGCACCUGCUGAGGAUGGAGAUGCAGCCCACCCUCACCGACCUGCCCCUGCUACCUGGGGUGCCCAUGGCUGGGGACAGCAGCCCUUCUGCCACUCCUGCGCAAGGGGAGGAGACAGUCCCUGAGGCCGUCUCCUCACCCCAGGCCUCCUCUCCCACCAAGAAACCAUGCAGUCUGAUUCCCAGGGGCCACCAAAGCUCUCUCUGGGGAAGGAAGGGGGCACAAGCAGCCACAGCCCCCAAGGCCUCUGUGGCUGAGGCCCCCAGAACAACCAAAACUACGGCCAAGAGAAGCAAGAAAUGAUUCUCUGUCAACCUUUCUCUACUAAUGGAGAGGAGUGGGGCCUGCCCCCCUUCUCAGACCUCUGACCUGUGACAGAAGCCCAUCCCCAGUAAAGUGUCUCUAGGCCCUGA